AUGCCUACUCUUCCAUUUUGUUACCGGAGCUGGGAGUGUGAGAUACGUUUAUAAAAAUUAAGUAGUAGUCAGACUAGUACCUACCUACACGACACGUAUUUUUUUAGUCUUAAACCAAUUAAGAAACUCUGUCAGUAAAAUGUUGCACAAAAUGGUUCCUACAUAUAAUUUUGCCAAGCGCAUGUAUUCAGCGGCUGCUGGAAAAGUAAAAGCGCAUAAGUAUGUGCUUACCAAGUAUUUUGAAGGUGAACCAAAGAAAUCUGAUUUCAAAAUCGUCGAAGAGGAACUUCCAGAGUUAAAAGAGGGAGAAGUACUGGCGGAGACUGAAUAUAUCAGCGUGGACCCAUACAUGAGGGUAUACAUGAACAGCCGUCAAUUACCUGCUGAUAUGAUCGGUGGACAAGUAGCAAAAAUUAUAUCGAGUCGGAACCCAAAAUAUCCUAUUGGGAAAUACGUAUCAGGAUAUUUCGGAUGGCGCACACACGCUAUCCUUAACCCUGAUGUCCGUAUUACGCACCCUGGUUUUAUCCCUGUCACAGUUGUGCCUGAUUUGGGACCUCACCCUGUAUCCCUCAGCUUAGGAGUUCUCGGUAUGACAGGAAAUACAGCGUACUUCGGUAUUCGAGAGAUAAUCAAGCCUAAACCUGGUGAGACGAUUGUAAUUACUGGCGCCGCUGGUGCUGUUGGAUCACACGUGGGGCAAAUUGGCAAGAUAGUGGGUUGCCGCGUUGUUGGCUUUGCGGGUACGGAUGAAAAAUGUGAAUAUUUAGAAAAGGAACUUGGCUUUGAUCGGGCUUUCAACUACAAAACUGUAGACAUCAAAGCUGCUCUUAAAGACAGUUGUCCUAAAAAAGUUGACUGCUACUUUGAUAAUGUGGGCGGUGAAAUUAGUGCAACAAUAAUGAAUCACAUGAACAGAUAUGGAAGAGUCGGUGUUUGUGGAACGAUUUCAUCGUAUAGUGCGGCGACACCGCCAAAAGUAACGAUCAUGCAACCAGGUAUCGUUUUUAAGGAAUUGAGAGUAGAAGGAUUUAACGUAAACCGUUGGGCCGAUCGGUGGAAUGAAGGAAUCCAAAAGAACUUAAAUUGGCUUAAUGAAGGAAAAUUAAAAUAUCACGAGAAAGUGUACCACGGUUUUGAUAACAUGGUGGAUGCUCUCGUGGGUAUGCUGAGAGGAGAGAAUAUUGGCAAAGCUGUCGUUAAAGUUAAAUAGUUACCUACGUCUUGUUUUAAUAUAUAAUAUUGUAUUAAUGUUUUAUUUAUGUUUACUGUAAAUAAGCAAUGUGCCGGUCACUUAAUAAUAAUGAAUAAAUGUUAUUUUCGUCAA